AUGGAUUAAUUUUACAUUGAAUAUUGGUUUGAAUUUUUUUCUAAUCGAUUUUAUUCGUGCAAAUCCAUCAUCAUCAUCAUCAUCGAUAUUAUUAAUGCAAAAAUUAUUCAACACCAACAGCAUCAACAACGGUGAUUAUCGUUUGUAUUUUCUAUUCACUUUUGGUAUAAUCAUCAAUAUAUUGGCCAUUAUGAUCACUUAUAUUUUCCUGAUGGAUAGAUUUGGACGAAAAUUUACAUUUCUUAUCUGUUCAUUAUUGGCAACAUUAUCAACGUUGAUGACCGGUUUUUCAAUGUCUUCCAUUAGUCUUAUGAAUUCAAUCGAUGAAAUAAUGAUUCUAUUCGAUUGGAAUGAAUACUUUGAUUAUUCAUUAAUCAGUUUUGGCCUGAUGAAAUUAUUUCAAUCAAGUGCUUUUAUUGUUCUUAUUAUUUGGUCAUAUGAGCUUCUAUCACCAAAUGAUCAAUGUCGUCCUGCAUUUCGUAUAUGUUGGGCAUUUGGUCAUUUAUUUUUAAUUCUACUUCCUGUUAUAAUGUAUUAUACAUCAAAAUAUUCACGAAUAUCAUUGAACAUAUCCACGACAACAACAACAAAAUUUGCACAAAUUUUUUCACAAAAUAUAAAAUUCAAUUCAACCAAUGAUGAUGAAUCAAAAACGUUAAUGAUAAAAUAUCCAUGGCAUUAUUUACUUAGUACAUUAUUAUUAUUUAUAUCAAGUAUAAUGAGCUUAAUAUUACCCGAAACAAAUGGUAAUAAUUGUUUAUUGCCAAGUUCAUUGUUAGAAGCGGAAAUGUUUUCCUCUACACAAUUUAUUGGUUCACCAUUCAAUAAUAAAAAUGAAAACAAUUUACCAGUUGGUUUUAAUUCAAUCAUGCAACAACGACAACAAUUACCAUGGUAUUCAUGGCGUGUAUUAUUCAAUUUUCAAGCACCAAACAUCCGUCCAAUGGGUAUAUUGAAAAAACGACAAUUCAUCUCGACAACAGCAGCAGCUGAAGCAGCAUCAGCCACAACAACAAAAGCAUCAACAAAAUUCAAUAAUAUUCGUUCACCAAAAUCAGUGAACCAACAACAACAACAAACAAUAAAUAAAAAAAGAAUAUUCCAUGAGAAUAAUUCAUCCGUUUCCAAUUCCAAUUCCUCUUCAUCUUCUCCCUCAUCAUCAUCACCAAAAUUGAAUGAAAACAAUUUAACAUUUAUCACUGAUCAUAAUCAUCAUUCAAUCGUUACGAUUCAUAAUGAUAAAUUCAAUAAUUUAGAAGAACAAGUAAUAUUGUUGAAUCAAGAUGAGUCGGAUUCAGCGGCAAUGACAACAGCAACUUCUACGUCAACAAUGACUGUCACACGGCCAAUUGAAUCAUUGGAUCGCGGAACAUCACCAACAAAAACAGCAAUCGUACUAGUGCAUAAUAGUUACAGUGAUGAUAACAAUCAUCAUAAUCAUAAUGACAAUCAUCAUGAUGAGGGCAUUAUACAGAUUUCAAAUGCUAUACAAUCAAAUAAUGAUGAUAAAAAUAUGAAUGAAAUGGCUUCCAUUGUGACAAAAACCGAACAAGAUGGAAAAAAAUCCAAUGAAUUGUCAAGCCAUAUAUAUAGGAAAGCAAACACUUUACAUUCCCAUCAUCAACAUGAUUCCCAUAUGAUGAGGAUGAGGAUGGCGGGAGCAUCGGAUGAUUCUCAUUCCUUUAACGACAAUCAUCAUCAUCAUCAUAACAAUGAUUCGGUCGAUGGUAUUCGUCCGAUAAUAAAUCAUUCGAAUAAUAAUGAUAAUAUUAUUGUUGACACCGACAAUAAUAAUAACGACAACAACGUUGACAAUAAUGAUGGUGAUGUUGGCCAUUAUACUAAUAAUUCUUAUCAGAAUCCAAUGCAAAGAAUAAACAGCAUUCCGAUCAUUGAUAACAAAGAAGAUUGUUGUUGUUCCAAUAGCCCGCUGUCGUCAACAAACAUUGAACAUCAACGAUCAAUCAGUGAAUGUGAAUUAUGGCUAAAUAAUAACGGAUCAUCUUCCUAUCAGACUGAUGAACAUCAACUUGAUCAUAAUCAGGAUUUAUUAUUUAAUAAUGGUAACAAUCAUCUUCCCGCUUCUUUCAAUCAUCAUCAUCAUCGACAUCAUUCGUUACCAAGAUAUUUUAAUAACAAUGAUUAUAAUCAAGAUUGGAAUAUGCAAACAGCUUUAUUUACAAAUAGUUCAAAAAAUAAUCUAUUCAAUUCAAUCGAUCAACAACAAAUGUUGAAAAAUUAUUUUCAUGAUUAUCAAUGAAAUAAUUUUUUUUAAAAUUCUUUUCGUUGAUUGUAAAACGAUUGAUUUUUUAUCAAUUAUAAUUAGCUGCCCAUGGAGCUACGGUAGCCAGAAUAUAGAUCAAUACAAACAAUAAGAAUAUUAAUGGAAAAAGAAU